UUUCUGCCGGCUUGUUCCGCACAAGUCUUCGAAAAAUGGCUCCCGCGUGGCAAGAAGUGGACCACGCUCGAACAGAAAAACGAUGCGAACUCGUGUUAAGCGGCGCGGAGGUCUCGAAGAGAAUAGAAGAAGGAUCUUUCGACGUGUCCGUGUACACCCUUUUCCACCUCAACUUCUUGGAGGUAAGCCACACAUGUCUGCCGGAGAUUCCCGUCGGAAUCGCUCGGCUCGUCAACCUCACCCGGCUCGCGCUGAACGCGAACCAACUCUCCAAGUUGCCUUCCGACUUGGGCAAACUGCGCAAGCUCAAGUUCCUCGAUGUCUCUAGCAACGUCCUCGAGGAGUUGCCGGUCGAGUUGUCCGACCUCGGAGAGCUGCAGAGCUUCAACGUGAGCAACAACCGCCUCACGACGUUCCCCGACGAGUUCUCGAAGCUGACGCGCCUUAUCGUGUUCAACUUCUCGAGGAACAAGCUGGAGGUUCCUUCGUUCCUCGCCGGCGAGACCCGGUUCGAGCAGCUCACCGAGCUCGUAGCCAACAGCAACAACAUAGAAACACUGCCGGGCAAACUGUCCAACACGCUACCGUCGCUCAAGUUGUUAGACCUCGCCGGCAACUCCGUGAAACAGGUUCCCGGAGAGAUUGGAGACAUAAGCAAGCUGAAGGAGCUGCUGCUCAAGGACAAUCCGCUGAGUGACAAGCGUCUGAAGAAGCUAGUCGAGCAGUGUCACUACAAGCAAGUCCUGGAAUACGUCAAAGGUCACGGACCCCGUGAUUCGAAAGGUGCCGCGCAAGACAAGUCCGGUGCCUCCAAGAAGGGCAAGAAGAAAGGGGCCAGCGCUCCAGUCGACAUCCAAGAGGUGCUUUCGAGUGCAGAAUGCCUUUGAAGUGCUCAGUUGAGCUCGCAGAGCCCUGUGGUGAUAGUCAGCGAUGCCGUACAGGAGGUGAGGCCGUACAUUGUUUGCUGCAUCAUCCGGAAUGUGUAUCUCGACCGGGACAAUCGGCUUCGGAAGUUCUUAACACUGCAGAACAAAUUGCACGACACAAUUUGUGUGAAGCGAUCCGAGGCUACAAUAGCAACUCAUGACCUAGCAAAAAUAACUGGGAAUGUCUACUAUGAUGCCAUUGAGCCUGACAAACUUAAGCUUACACCACUUGGAAGAAAACAGGAAGUGAGCGGGAAGGAGCUGUAUCGUCAAAUGACGGAAGAGGCAGAUGCCAUGCGCAAAGAGAAAAAGCGAAGCACUUACCCAGGAAUUUACAAGUACCUGUAUCUGCUCAAGGACAAGACCCUGUAUCCUUUCUUGAGAGACGAGUCCAAGCUGGUCAUUUCCUUUCCACCAAUGACCAACAGUGACGGAACGAGGAUCUCAGAGGAGACGCGCAAUGUGUUUGCGGAAGUGACUGGAAACAACCUUCCAUUCUGCAAGAAGGUUAUGGAUGCCCUGUUAGCCGAGAGCCUCCAACUUGGUCUAGGCAACGAGGAGGCACUCUCGGAGGCAGGAAGCACUGGUGAUGGUGGCGCCACCACACACAGGCUUCAAGUAGAGAAGGUCAAAGUGGUGGACAAGGAUGGAAACCUACGUGUUGUGUACCCUUCCAAGACGGAUCUUGUCUGUGCGGGUGUCGUUGUCGAGCAGCGAUCUGAGUGAAGUCCAUCACAUUUUCCUUUUGUGUGUGUGGGUAUUUUGUUGGGGCUUCUACUGACCGCCCAUUCCAGAAAAAGGACUGGUACAACGUUCCUGGUGCAUGACGGGCACACUGCUGUUGGAAAUUAAUUCAAGCGAAACGGAGGCUUAGAAAAGAAGAGUCUUGAAGUGAUCUAUGUAGCUCUGUAACAAGGAACAUUUCCUAAGCUAGUGUUUUGACAAGGCAACUUUUCCAGCAAAGUUGCUUGCUCUAGCCACGUUAAAUAUUGCAAUCCUUAAAGGGAUGCUUGAGGAAAAUGUUAAGCCCCGUCAGAAUGACAGAUCGUUAGUUUAGAAGUCUAUUCGUUAACUUUUGUGUGCCAAUAGUACAUAUACAACUUUGUUGCCUUAAAAAUUGCUACCUAAGAUCCUGCUGCUGCUCCUCAUUUUGAAUUGCCCAUGCCAAAACUGGUCAAGUUCAGGUAAUUCUCAUGUGAUCGCCUUUUUUGCUGUGCUCUGCUAGUCAGUGCUAUGUCAUGUGAUAAAUUACUAUUGGGCCACCUAUAUAGGUGGAACCACUCGGAUUUUUUCUUCAAUUUCAUUAUCUUCUUAAUCUGUCUACAAAUGGUACAUUCAUUCAUUAUCUUCUUAGUCUUUCUACAAAUGGUACAUUCAUUAUUAUAGAAGCAAAAUCUUUCAAUCUAGGUUGGCUUAGUAUUUCUCUUAGUGUUCUUUUUAACAAGUUGAUUGGCUCAUCGAGGUCCGAUGUGCAUGCAGGAAAAGAUCAACACCUGAGAAUAAAGGUUGCAGUGUUUGUGUGCGAUAUUUGGGAUGAUAUGCCGUACUAUUGCUCGCUGGUCAAUUUGGUGCUCUUCCCUGGUUGAUUUGAAUCCACUCUCUUUGCACCUGAUUGUUCUCACUCGCCUUGCUGCCGAGGUGCGAUUGGGGGUGGAAAUAAGUCAAGAAGUUUACGUUCCCGACCUGUAUAAAAUUUGCAUGAAACAUUGUGGUCACUUUGGGACUGCAUUGGUUUCCACAAGACAGUGCUCACUGGAAGCUAGGCACCAGCUUUGGUAUGUGCGCUGCAGGCAUGAAUGACUCCCGUAUGGCUCAUCCACUGCAGCAUUGUUACUAUCCGAUGGCAGGUUCAAAUUGAUGCAAUCCAAGGGCUUACUUCGGGGCAUUGAAAACAGCUCUAGAUUUACCAGUCAAAAGCAUCAUUGACAGAGGGCGAGGACUGUUGCUGCCUUGAAUACCAAUGCAGUCAGACCUGGUCACGUGAUACCUUGCAAAAGUGUGAUCCUGAAAGUAAUAAUUCGAUGAAACUAACAGACAAGUGGGUAGUUUCUCAUCUGUAUUUAAAUUACCUGCCUGCCCAUUUCCUAUUCCCAUAAACUUCCUGUGAUAAAAACUCGAGACUUCCACAACAGUGUGGCUGUUAAGAAUCACCUUCUGUGUCUGCUGGGAAUAAUAGGUUUUAGCAAUGUUUUUCAAAGCUAACGCACAAUUACCUGUUUUGAAUGUGAAAUGAUUUGUAUUGCACCAGGCAGCUAAUCUAUUGGUCUUGCUCCGACUGACUUUUUAUUGGAGCACCUGCUGCCUUUUACUGAACCUUUGCAAACAGUUAACCUUAACUUAUUGAAAGUUUUACAGUGCCAGACGUCUUUGUGCUUGCGAAGCUUUGUGCUUGCUGAUGAAGAAAUAAAAAACUGCAUGUUGUCCUGCU